CCCAUUUCUGGUCCAAGAACUUCCCCAAAAGUGUGGUUUCAAUUUUAUGGAAAGCCUUUGAAAUUUGGCACAGGUUUCAAAAGUAUGUAGGAAAAAAAAAAGUCUGCCAGAGGUUUGGCCUCCGACUGUGAAAACAGACACUGCCUUUUCAAACUCCUCUCCUAGAUCUACUGACCAACACCCAGAAGAGAAUUUACAUUCUUUUAGAAUACGGCAGGAAAAUGAAGAUCCGGCUAAAAAUCAUAUUUGGCGUGGUUAUAUGCCUUUUGCUUUCCUUAUUACUGAUGUGUAUUAUACUGUUUCCAUCAAGAGUUGUCAACACAGAUGAUGGCCCCAGAGCUCUUACAUUAGACGAUUAUUUGAAUGGAAACUUCCAGUAUAAAACAUUUUUUCCAUAUUGGGUGUCAGAUAAUGAAUAUCUUCAUCAGUCUGCAGAAGAUGAUAUUAUUCUUUACAAUGUUGAAAUUAAUUAUGCAACCACCAUCAUGACAAACAGCACAAUGAAACAAGUUAAUGCUUCAAAUUAUGUGAUGUCAUCAGACCAAUAUUUCAUAGCUCUGGAAAGCAAUUAUUCAAAGCUGUGGAGAUACUCUUAUACGGCAUCAUACCACAUUUACGAUCUCAUAAAUGGUGGUUUUGUAACAGAAAAUCAGCUUCCACAUAAAAUUCAGUAUAUAUCCUGGUCACCCGUUGGACACAAAUUGGCAUAUGUAUAUCAGAAUAAUAUCUAUUUGAAACAAAGUCCGAGAGAGGCACCAAUUAAAAUAACUAGUGAUGGAAAGCAGAAUGAAAUAUUUAAYGGGAUUCCUGACUGGGUUUAUGAAGAGGAAAUGCUAGCAACAAAGUAUGCACUGUGGUGGUCUCCAAGUGGAAGAUAUUUAGCAUAUGUACAAUUCAAUGAUUCUGACAUACCAGUAAUUGAAUAUUCCUAUUUUGGUGAGGACCAGUAUCCUAGAAAAAUAACUAUCCCAUACCCCAAGGCUGGAGCUAAAAAUCCUACUGUUAAAGUGUUUGUUGUUGACACUAUUUACUCUGAAGUGUUUGGUCCUAAGGAGGUGCCAGUUCCUUCAAUCAUAGCAUCCAGUGAUCACUAUUUUACCUGGCUUACUUGGGUAACAGAUACUCGAAUCUGUGUGCAAUGGCUGAAGAGAAUCCAGAAUUUUUCAGUCUUAGCUAUUUGUGACUUUAGAGAACAUUCAAAUACUUGGGACUGUCCAGAGAAUCAACAGCACAUAGAAGAGAGUCAAACAGGAUGGGCAGGCGGAUUCUUUGUUUCCGCUCCAUAUUUUACAUCGGACAGCAGUUCCUACUACAAAAUUUUUAGUGACAAAAAUGGUUAUAAGCAUAUUCAUUAUAUCAAUGGCUCUGUGGAGAAUGCAAUCCAAGUUACAAGUGGAGAAUGGGAGGCAAUAUACAUUUUCAGAGUAACAAAUGAUGCAAUUUUCUAUUCAAGCAAUGAAUUUGAAGGCUAUCCAGGAAGAAGGAAUAUUUACAAAAUCAGUAUUGGAAGUAAACCUAUGAGAAAACAAUGCAUUACUUGCAAUUUAAGAAAAGAGAGAUGUCAGUAUUAUACAGCAAGAUUCAGUGAACGUUCUAAGUAUUAUGCCUUGAUCUGUUAUGGUCCUGGGAUUCCCAUUUCUACGCUUUUUGAGAACCAUGGUGAUAGAGAGCUCAGAGUAUUGGAAGACAAUUUGGAAUUACARUCUGCUUUGCAAGAGAUCAGACUGCCAAAAGAAGAAAUUAAUAAGCUUGAAGUGGAUGGUAUAACUUUGUGGUAUAAAAUGCUUCUACCUCCACARUUCGAUAGAUCCAAGAAGUACCCUCUGCUCAUUCAGGUGUAUGGGGGACCUUGCAGUCAGAAUGUAAAGGAAACAUUUAGCAUUAGCUGGAUAACCUAUCUUGCAAGCAAAGAGGGAAUUGUCGUUGCUCUGGUGGAUGGCAGAGGGACAGCUUAUCAAGGUGACAAGAUUUUGCAUGCAGUGUAUCGAAGACUGGGAGUCUAUGAAGUUGAGGACCAAAUCUCAGCAGUGAAAAAAUUUAUAGAAAUGGGCUUUAUUGAUGAGAAACGAAUAGCAAUAUGGGGCUGGUCCUAUGGUGGGUAUGUAACUUCUUUGGCACUUGGAUCUGGCAGUGGAGUAUUUAAAUGCGGAAUGGCUGUGGCUCCUGUCUCCAGCUGGGAAUAUUACGCCUCUAUCUACACAGAACGAUUUAUGGGUCUUCCUAUAGAGUCAGAUAAUCUUGAGCACUACAAGAAUUCAACUGUGAUGGCAAGAGCAAAGAAUUUCCAAAACGUAGAGUAUCUUCUCAUCCAUGGAACAGCAGAUGAUAAUGUACAUUUUCAGAACUCAGCACAAAUUGCAAAAGCUCUGGUUAAUGCACAGGUGGAUUUCCAGGCAAUGUGGUAUACUGAUCAGAACCAUGGAAUUCCAGGGCUUUCCAGCAAACAUCUCUACACACAUAUGACCCACUUCCUCAAACAAUGUUUUUCUUUGUCAGGAUAAGYAGGCUACUCAGAGCAUGCUAAGGCAUCUGAGACAUCUCUGGGACACUGCAAUGACAGCACUGCCCAAGUUGUAUAGUUUUCAGGUGAAUGGAUCACAGGAACUUUGAAAUUCUAAACUUGAUGUUUACAUCCACUUUUGAUAAUGUAUAUUUGCAAAUGUUAUGGUAAAAAAUGUUUUGACACAUUUAUCAUCUGUUUGACAGAAAAAAAUAAAGUCAGAAUGUGAAAAAGGUCUUGUGCAUCUAUUGCCAACUUGCUUAAGCUUGCAUUCUGCAGUCCAAGAAGGGUGGUUCAUUGCAAAUGCACACUAUCAGAAUAUGAUUGCAUUCAUUAACUAGAACUGUAAAAUAGGAAAGGACAAAGGAGGCAGUGCAAGUACCUAAUCAGCAUCCUAACAAGAACCAGUUUCUCAAAAUUUAUUUCCAACUUUUUGUAAAUAAUCUAGGCAUGGAUAGGAAUACACAGUGUUUAACACUGAAGUUUGGAUACUUAUUGAGAGUAUUGAAUGAUGUAUUCAAAUUUUAUUCAACUCUUAUGAAACCUUGAUUCUGCAAAACUCUGAGUAUUUAGGUUUAAACAUGAAAGCAGGACAUUCAUGAUAACUAUUUCUAUCAGUUGUUUUUGUACCUGUAUUCAAAGUGUGUGAGCCAUACUAAUCUGUUUUUAAUUUCUGAUCAUCACCUCAGCAUUCAGAUUGAUCUCAAUGUCAUUCAUCCCAGACUGGAGGGGAAGGAUCAAAGAAUUGUGGAAGCUUUUGCUGCUUUGUUUCUAUUGAAACUAUUUUAGAGAGUCUUUUCAAAAUGCUAGAAGCUAACAAUGAUUGGAACUUGUAUUCUUUUGAUUAGUAAUUAAAUCAGUCUUGUCAUAAUAUAAGAAUAUUAACGAGAAAAUUGGGAAGAGAUCCAUUGCAGAUUAAACAAUUCCUUGGUCAUGUGUUAAAAAAAUUCUGAAUUAGUCUACUGCAUAAGAAUGAUGGUCUUUCUGACACAGUAUCUMAUCUCUGCUAUUAGCUGUUGAGAGUACAAAAUAACCUGUAAUAGAUUGUCUUACCUUCCUACAAWACAAGCUGCUUCCUAACUCUCAGUCAGAGAUCAGUUGCUGGUUCUUUGUGUAAAAGCAAGGGGUUUCAUUUGACUUCCUUGACAAAAACAUGGGGUUUGGCCAAAAUAAUUAAAAUGUGGAAGUGAUUUGCUAUGUAACAGCUUCCUUCGUUUGUUAAUGGCAAUAUCAAAUCUGAUUUUCCACACAUGAGAACAUUCCUUAGMUACAUCUUUAUGUAAAUGUAGUUGCCAAGCUGUUUGUAAUGGUUAAAUUAUACUUUGAUGGGAACUCUUCAGAAAAUACUCAAUUAGUUCAGGUUUUUUUGGAAAUGCUGCCAAUUACGUGACGUUAAUGAGCUUUUUGUUGGUAAUGUAAUUAAAAUUCAACUGCUAUAAUGGCUAAAGGAAAAAAUUAUAGCUGUAAGAAAGUUAACAUUAAGCAAAUAUAACAUGAAGUGGGCCUAAUUAGAUGUUGAUUAUAUGGUCCUAUGUGCAUUUGCUGCAYACAACAGUAGUCUCAGAAAUGUUAUCUUAAAAAUAAGGAAUACAAUUCAGYUGAAAUUACUGAGAUUUAACCCUCAAUUUCUUAUAUUGAUACAACACCAUGAAAAACAUUGCAACAUUGUGGUGAAAGAGAGAAAAAUCAAGCUCUUAUCCAAGAUGUGUAAAGGUUUAAAAUACCUAAAUAUGUCAAUGAGAACUUAAGUGGAAUUUCCAAAAAAGCAUGGUAUUACUCUCACAUAAAUAUCAAUACAUUGAGUUCCCUUUCAAUUUCUGCACCUUUAUUCUAUUUAUUCUUUUUUAAAUCCAGUUAUUCCUGGAAAUCUGGGCAGAUAGAUUGGCCCUUCGUCAGUACUGUAAGUAAUAAAGUAAUGCAAUGUGUUGUUCACACCCUGCCAACAGGUCUCUUUGCUGCAGCUUUUGGAAGUAUUUGAAAUAAGAGACAUUUCAGGAAAAUCUGUCAAAUAAAAUAGCAGAAGKUACCUCUUUCUCAAGGGGUGCAUUAGCUAUUUCAUUGUUAAUCUGCCCUGAGUUCUGUUUGUUUCCUAAGGCAAUCAGAGUACAUAUCUCUGUGUACUGUCCAUCAUGUACUUUGGCUUGUAGAUGGCAGUUGUGAGGAUAAAAAAAAAAAUUAAAUAAGUGCAGCUUGCUGCCAUCAUUUUUCCUUCA